GACGUCCUUUGUUGCCACUUUAUCACUUACUGCCACUGGCACUGUUUGGUAUACGCCGCGGGUCCCAUUUCAAGUCGCGGACCAUGUUACAUAAUCACGUGGUUACUGCCCCAAUACUAGCAACGCUGCUUUGCCCUCGUAGUCCUGGUGAUGAUGGUACGCUCAAUCAGGACUUAGACUUGAUGUUGCAUUACUUGACGAAAAUACAGGUCUAGGGCUAGUCGUGCAACCUGGGAUCUUAUAAACUUGAUACCAACGACGCAAAAGAGGAAGACAUCCCAAAUUAUCACGUGAUAACUCCCUCCCAUUCUGCAAGGCUAAAGCGGCGUCAGUCAACCACAGUGCCCUCCCCUCGCCAACAUCCAACUUACGACGAUCGAAGUCCAACAUUGGAACUGUGAAGUUGUGUAUAGUGGUACUUUUAGUACCUUACCUGCUCUGUGGUUACCAACAGCUCGAUAGAGAGGCGAAACACUAGCUAGAAGACCACAUUAAUAACAAAUAAUACCUUCGGCUCGGGACCCGCCAAACAGAACAUCAACGCGCUUGUCACCUACCCACUAGGUAUUUACAUACGCGCUCACAGCACAAACCAAGUACUGACCGACUCGUUACCGCGGCUUAUUCUUGCCCUGGCGCAAUGUGUCCUUCGCGGAGAUAAUGUCAUCUCAUCAAAGUCCGUAGGACGACGUGUUUCAUGUUUCGAUCAUGCCAUCCGCCAUUGACAACAUGUCUGUGCUGCAAGAAGGGUCUCCCCAUCAUCAUCGGUCGAGAAGGGCGUCCUUGAAGGUCUUGAACCGGAACAUUGGCCAGGUGGUGCUGGGAAAUCUGCUAUUCGACACUUGGUAUUACUCGCCUUACCCGGACAGUAUCAUUCUUGGACCCGAGCAUCAACACCACGCGGCAGGGAAGCAACAACAACAUGUCUUUGGCGGUUCUUCCACGGCAGCCGAACUGCGGAAUGGAGCAGCAGCUCGCGGUGGCCUGGCUAGUAUGCUGGCGACAAUUAGCAGCGAACCGCUAUGUCGUCGACUUUACGUCUGUCCCCGUUGUUUCCGGUACACGCCCGUGGAAAACGACUACGUUCUUCAUCUCCAGCACCACCAAGAACGCCGCGAUCAGGGCCUCGAGACCCAACCGGUCCCUGAAUCCGCCUACAAAGUAUACGACUGGCAGGGUUAUGCGGUGUGGGAAAUCGACGGGGAAAAAGAAAAGCUCUACUGCCAAAACCUGUCGUUGUUUGGUAAGCUGUUUCUGGAGCAAAAGAGUGUCUUCUUCGACACGGCGGGUUUCAAGUACUAUGUCCUGACCCACACGCCGAGCCGGGCCUCAACUGCACCUACGACCAAAGGCCGGGGGAGGAAACGGAGUUCAUCAGUAUUCGAGGACGACGUCUUGGACGAGUCCCAUGUGCUUGGCUUCUUUUCCAAAGAAGAUCUGUCCUGGGAUUGCAACAAUUUGGCCUGCAUCCUCAUCUUUCCUCCCUUUCAGCAUCGGCAGCUUGGUCAGUUGCUCAUGGCAGUCUCGUACAAGUUAAGUGGUUGGGAGUGGGAAGGAGGCGUCAUUGGAGGCCCCGAGAAGCCUCUCAGCGCCAUGGGUCGAAGGAGCUACCUGAGGUUCUGGUCUGAACGUAUCGCCCGAUUUAUGAUGGGCCAAACCGCAGAUGCCGAUGCGAAGCGGGUAUUCCACUCAGCCAAGAAGACGACGACCGCCCACCCAAGGAAGGAGGAGAUGACCGUCAAGGACAUUGGAAAUCGGACGGGUAUGCUCGGUGAGGAUGUUGUGGCUGCCCUGACCGAAAUGGGAAUUUGCCAGGUCAUGCUACCUCGAAGGAAGAAGACAGUGGCCGGGGAACUGAACGGAGUUGCAAGCCAUGGCCACUCAGAAUCGGAAGAGUUGGCCACAAUGAUCAUCCACAGAUCCAAAAUAGUGGCAUGGGCGGAGGAACACGGCGUGGACUUGGCCAGUCCAGUACCGGAAGAAGGAUUUCGAGGCGAGUGGGCUCUGAGCGACUUGGAUCGUUCAGGCAACAGCAGCGAGAGCACCGGCAAUGAGGACGACAACAGUGACGCCACCUAACUUGCCUUGCAAGGUGUCGCAAGAGUCAACGUCAAUUAUACAACAUUGUACAAGACUGGCAGAGCUUUUUAGCAUACGCGAGGCCGGGGAAGACUGCAUGUCAUGUCAGCAGUGUAGACCCUAUCCUGUGUGUUUCAACCCUGUGAAGGUUGGUCGACUUCGUCACCGUUGCAGGGACAAACAAACCUGGUGUUGCCCUCUUGACAACCAGGAAUUGCUGGAAAAUUGAGCUGCUGAAAAGGGCUUGGUCUGGAUUAAGCGAAGGUCGACGCAUGACGAUCCUGUCCCAGGAGUCAAUCACCAGUUUGAGUACUUCUACAUCAUAGUUUGGCGGGACUCUUUCCGUAUCGUUCGCUUAAUCAAGGGAUACCUCUAGCGGAGGAACCUGCCCACCGGUUCGAUAGUAGCAAUGCUCAGCGCACCGGUGAUUAUUUGGAAGCCCGAUACUUGGAAAGUGUCAAGGGGCCCCGCUGGUCAGCGAUGAUCGUUGUCCGGGGGUUUGGUUUGGUGCUUUCCAUUUCAGGACUUUAUAAGCCCUUCCAGUCUUAGCAAGCGCGGAGACAUCGAUGCUAGCCACCAACUGAGCUACGAAACAAGGCGAGACAGCGCGGAAACUUGGCGAAGCCAACAGUGGGAGAGUAGAUGCCGUUCAGCUUCGAACUUGGUGAAUCGAGUAUCAGAACCGCGAUCUGCGCAGUUCCUCAUUCAGCAUGGCAGCUCAUCGUCUGCCCAUUCUGUGGUCAGCACUCGGACGUUAGGCCGGACCACUCAUAGCGGUUUUGAUGUUGCCCAAUGUCCAGAGGGGGCCUUGGGAUGCCGAUUGUAGGCCGCCCCGGGGGUCGUCCGGAUGCUGGUGAAGCUGUGAGGCGUAAGGACAUGAUUUGUCCACAAUCAGUUCCCCUGCAAUUUCCCCUCCGGUGGCACGCUGGGCAGGUCUAGGAUCCAGGUCCACGGUUUCGCAAGGGGCGGAUCCAUGUUGGGUAUCCCUCGGCGCAGGAACGACUUUAGCCCCCUGCAAGUGUGGUCCAUCCCUUUUUGUAAGACGUCUGCAGAGUUUUCGUCCCAGACCUCACGCGAGACCGCGUUCUGACUACCUCAUGAAUUACCGCCCUG